UGGUGCCCCCGGGUGCACCCAAUAAAUUGCCUCAAAGACUAAUUUCAGUGGUUACGAUACUAUCGAAUAACAAAAACAUCCACGAUCAAAUCCAACUUGAUCCACAAUCUCAAGUUUCGACUUGAAUCACGAUCUCACUCCUAAUUUAAAAUCAGAAUCCAUAAUCCAUCAAAGAGCUUUUUGGCUAGUUGGAGAUUGGAGAAUACAAUGAUGAUCAUACUUUUGCCGAGUAAUUACAACAGUCAAAUGCUACGGCAGUGGCGGUGGUAUUUGACGGCGGUGGUGUUCAACUCAAAGAUCGUUCUCCAUUCUUUUCUCUCUUUUUUUUCUUUUCUCGGCACCUGCAUAGUCGCCGGCAACACAAUUUUUGAACGCAUCGACAAGAAUAAUGGCCCAGCUACUGGGCUUCUCCGCCGAUGGAAAAUAUCCAUGAAUCUGCAUCAUCAAGUAUUAAUCCGUAUCAAUUCAAAUAAUCAUGAUGGUUCCCCCUUACUUCAUCCUGGGAGAUUGCCAAGGUCUCAUGAAAGGUAUGUCGCGUGGUUGGCUAAUUUGGGAUCUACAGCUGUCAGAUUUGACAUUAGGGAAAUCGGAGAUCUACAGCAAACCUUCCAUUAGCGGAUCCUCGAAAGUCAAUGACGUACUUCCCGUCUGCAAUUGGGCUUCAGCUUCCCGUCAGUUCUUCAACUGAAAGGUGUACAUUAACUUUCAUUUUUCUAAUUUCCUUUUCAUCCCAUCACUAAUGUUCUGGUAUGCUAGUUCAACCUCAUUGGAAAAAAUGGUUCAAGAAUAGCAUACAACAUGUAGAGAAAAUUGAGUAUGAUAUUUGACUGUUAUGCUAAAUUUUAUCCCGAAAGUUUUUUAAUUCCAAAUUCUCUAUGAACUAUCUUUAAUAAUAUUGUAUCAAAAGGUUUUUGUGGUAGAUUUCAAUGGGUUGGAAAAAGUUGAUUUUGUUUUGCUUUGGGACAAAGCCACUUAUAUAUGAACGUAAAUGCCCACUUUGAAGUAAGAACUCUUCUCUGAAACGAAUGCUUGAUUUGCAAAUUACCACAUAUUAUAUUCCUUCUAUUACAUAGAGUAGUAAUCUAUUUAUGGUCCUGUGAUGGCCAACAAGGGCACUAAUUACUGGAUCUGCAGUAGAUCAGAUAAAUGAAGUGGCAGGGUGAACCAUCUGAGGAUACCCUGAUUGUAGUGCUUCAAUUUGUUUGGAAGGCAUCAUAAAACAUACUUCAAUCUUCAAAGCCAAAACUGUUUGUAAUGGCCAUACGAGAUGGUUUCAUGGGUGUUAAACAACUACAGAAGCAGCUGAAAAAUAUUGCUAUCAAAACCAAACUUACUUGAUUGAAGGAGCUAUUGAACUUGAAAUAAAGGAAAUUAAGGGGAAAAUAUGAAAGAAAAAAGCAGAUUAUGUAGGAAAUUGAGAUUGUUGAACCCUAAUCAUUUAAUGUAUUAUUGUGUCCAUUAUAUACAAAUUUUGCAGGUAAUUGCGCUUAUGUAUUUCUAUGUUAAUUAUCUUCUUGGUGGGUUUCUUUAAGCAUUCAAAGAAAGUGUUCUAUAAUUAUGCAUAUUAUGCAAUGGUGUUUCAACAUUUUUCAUACAGGUUACAAAUUCUUUGUCAAGACUUUAUAUUACUGUUAUUUUGGGUUUGCCUACUUAUUUUCCCUGUUGAUGUUGGAACCUUCUUAUGAAAGAAAGUUUGUUGCUGGAAACAGCACAUAACUUCAAAAAGAGGAAGUUGAAAUCAAUUAGCAGCAAUGAGGAGUUGAACUUGAACGUCGAUCACUUCUGUUUUGAUGUUGAUGGUUGAAAAAACAUGGAGUCAUUAGUCCACAUUUUGAUGUUGCUUCCAACAAAUAGAACGGUUAACUAAAAUGGUGACAAUAGUUAUCCAAAAACACAAUAAUGCUAAUCAGCCUAGAUCGUUCUAUCUUUAGAUUAAGCUUUGUUUAUGCAGAUAAUUUGACCAUUAUAUACCCAAGUGAUUUUUGGAAUUAACUUUCAGUGGCUUAAUUCAAUGCUUUAAAGAUAUGUUAUGUUAUAGCCUCAUGUUAUAUAACUCUCUGAAAAAAAAAUAAAUAGCAACCUAAUAAAAAAUUUAAAAAAUGAAAAAAAAAAUGACAGACUGUCAUGCAUGACAAACUUGAGCAUAACAUUAACCAAAAUGGAAUUCAAAAGGUUGUAAGCAUCUUUAAUAAUCUUCUAUAUAGCUGAUAAAGAAUCUGAAGAGCAAGAGAACUUACAAUCAUCUCAGGCAAUGGAAGCUUUAUUUUUUGUAAGUAUAAUUCCACAAUUGUAAGCUCUGCGGAAAUCAACCUGAUGAAAGGAAUUUAGAAAAGAAGUAUAUUAAGCAUACAUUAACAAUUUCUAGGAAAUAGACAAAACAAACAUCUCAGUACUACAAUGGAGAUGCAAUGAACAUAUAAGUACAAGAACUCCUUUAUUGAAAAUGACUCAUAUGUUGAAAUUUGGAGAUAAUCUUUCUACUUAUAUUGCCUGGUUCUUAUCAACAAACCUCGAAUGAAUUUUCUGCUCUUGAGAUUCAGGGCAUAAACUCCCUUGCAUUGCCCGUAUUAAUUUGACACAGUGUAAAGGCUUCAGUGAAGCUAAUUUGUAGAACACAUUGCACCGUUAUCAUCAUCAAGGUUGCCUUUAGCCCAGGUACAAUGUUCCAGAAUCUCCCUCCCAUUCCCAUCAUCAAUUUUAUUGUUCUUUCAAACUCAAAAUGCAGAAAAUUAAGCCAAAAAAAUGGAGCGAGAUUUUGGAACAUUCCUAAAAAUGAUCCGGACCGAGAAAUGAACCUACACUAUUUCAUUCUCCCACAUUUGAUUGGUUUUUAUCCUCGUGUAUUUCUUCGGAUAAAACGAGGAAAAAGUGAGCUACUCAAAAGUUUGAACGGUGGCUGACUAUUUUCUCUUUUAUUUUUGUCCAAAUUGUCAGUAAAAACCACUCUUGAGUCACUUUAAAAUUGUGAAGCAUUAUUAUCAGUGGGUUACAAUGAUGGGCCUAAGUGUUACUGAAUCUUGUCCUAAGUCAAAUUAAGUGUCCCACUUAAAUUGCCCCAUAUAAUGUUUUAUGAUAAUAUUCUAAAUUCUUUUUAAAAAAACUAACUACUACUACAUACUCCAAUAAUGAACAGAUGCUUUCAAGUGAUACAUUACAUACAAUAAUACAACAGUAUUUUAACCAAUUAAAAAUAUUUAUGAAAAAUAUUUCCAUAUUAAUAAUACUCAUUUUUGAAAAACUAUAUGUUAUUAUUAUGAAUUAUAAUUAGUGAGGAUUUAUACAUCAUAAGUAAUAUCUAGCCUAUCAUAUUUCAAAUAC